AUGAUAUUGGCAGUCGCCGUCGACGCUUACGGUAUUUUCAUCUACUUGAUAUGGUUCGGGAUGAACUCAGACCGUGAUAAUGUCCCACCGCACCUCACGCAACUUAUCCCAGCAGGCCACUGCACCUGCCAGUCAUCCACGGCAUUUCAAUGCUCCGACUGUCUCACCUGUCUCGCCCGGCCACCGCCAUCUGUACCAGAGCACCUUGCAACUUGGAGUUUCCAGUACGGACGGGACGACCAGAACCUAGGCCUGAGCCAAAGUCAGUGCCAGGCAGCGGACAUCCAGCGAGGGGUUGAGCAUUGGAAGUCGCGAGGGGCGCAUAUCAAGGGACGAUCUGAGCACUGUUCCAUUCAAAGAUGGCAUGGCCCGCGCCAUUAUCCCCAACGGAGACUUCCACCGGUCUGGGUGUUAUCGAGGAAAGCAUCCGAAGAGUCGGUCAUUCUGAUGCCCGAUUUCGGGUACUGUUCCUGGGCGAAGAGUAACAUCAGUCCAUACGGACAAGUCGUACAAAGCAUCAUGGCCGCUGAAUCCAAUCUGAGAUUCGCGGAUAAAGAACAGAAGUUGGUCUGGCGGGGUAAGUUGAGCUUUGCACCAAAGCUGCAUCGGAUGCUGUUGUACAUUGCACGGGUAAGCCUUGGAAUGGCAAGGGAGUUGGAUUGGAGCAAGAAGGCCAACCUCUUGUCGAUGGAGGAUCACUGUCGGUCCAUGUUUCUUGGGCAUGUCGAAGGUCGCGAAUACUCGGCAUCCCUUAAGUACAGACAUGCCUGUCGGUCCGUCAUCGUGGCGCAUAAGCUGCAGUAUAUCCAACAUCACCACUAUCUCCUCGUAUUGUCCGGCCCGGAACAGAACUACGUGGAACUCGAGAGAGACUUCUCCGACCUUCCGAAACGCAGGGACGAACUCUUGAAGAACCCGGACAAGGCAGAGCGUAUAGCCAGUAACAGUGUCAAAACCUUCCAGGAACGAUACCUAACCCCAGCCGCUGAUGCAUGCUACUGGAGAACCCUGUGGGAGGGAUGGGCAGAAGUCUCGGCGAAUGUCACACACGACGUUGAACGGCCGCCGGUUGAUAGGGGACUACGGUAUGAAUCUUUUGUGUUGGAUAGGAACGAUAUGUUCAAGUAUUCAGUUGGAUGGAAGUAAGAGGGA